UAAAGUUGAUUUAAAGCAAGAUGGCGGUGUGGACGCCGCUGUCUGUCAGGAUGUCACCCUCAGCCUCUUUAGGCUGCAUUCUGCGUCGGAGCGAGCAACAGUUCCACAAAGAUCUGCUGAAAACUUUGGGCGGUCUUUUCAGACGAGGCUACGCCGUGGACGCCCGACAUGCGGCGGCGGAGGUGGAGACGAGCGUGGUGACCGCCGCCAGCUUCAGCGGCCCCCUGGACCACUACAGCGGGCUGAUUCGGGAGGGCACCCUGCGGGAGGACGAGCAUCAGAGAGCGGUGCUGCUCAAACUGGACCAGCUGCACAAAACACUCCGAGGAUACAGCAACACAUCCACGUCCAUCUUCCAAAAGCUUUUCUCCAAGCCGAAGCCUCCGAAGGGUCACUACAUUUACGGGGAUGUCGGCACGGGAAAAACGAUGGUGAUGGACAUGUUUUAUUCGCACGUGGAGACAGACAAGAAGAAGAGGGUGCACUUUCACGGCUUCAUGUUGGACGUGCAUAAACGAAUCCAUCGACUGAAGCAGAGUUUGCCAAAGAGGAAAGCGGGGAAAAUGGCCAAAUCGUAUGACCCGAUCGCGCCGGUUGCCGAGGAGAUCAGCGAGGAAGCCUGCCUGCUCUGCUUUGAUGAGUUCCAGGUCACAGACAUCGCCGACGCCAUGAUCCUCAAGCAGCUCUUUGAGAAUCUCUUCCUGAACGGCGUUGUCGUCGUAGCAACGUCCAAUAGACCCCCUGAAGACUUGUAUAAAAACGGGCUGCAGAGGGUCAACUUUGUGCCUUUUAUUGCCGUUUUGCAGAAAUAUUGCCAAACUCUUCGUCUGGACUCCGGCAUCGACUACCGCAAGAGGAACAGACCCUCCUCGGGGAAACUUUACUUCCUCUCCAGUGAGCCCGAUGCAGAAGCAACGCUGGAUAAAAUGUUUGAUGAGCUGGCCUUCAAGCAGAAUGACAUAACUCGACCGAGAGUCCUGAACGUCCACAACAGGAGAGUGCAUCUGAGCAAAGCAUGCGGGACCAUUGCAGACUGCACCUUUGAGGAGCUGUGCGACAGACCUCUAGGGGCCAGCGACUACCUGGAGAUGUCCCAUCUGUUUGACACCGUCUUCAUCCGCCACAUUCCGCUCCUGACGCUCAACAAGAAGACUCAAGCCAGGCGACUCAUCACGCUUGUGGACGCCCUCUACGACCACAAGGUGCGUGUGGUGCUCCUGGCAGACCACCCGCUGGAAGAGCUUUUUGUCCACGAGGGAGACCACCACGAUCACAACGAGAGCCACAUCCUCAUGGACGACCUGGGACUGAAAAGAGAAGAAGCCAGCAGUUUGUCCAUCUUCAGCGGAGAAGAGGAGAUGUUUGCCUUCCAGAGGACCGUUUCCAGACUCACUGAGAUGCAGACUGAGGAGUACUGGCUGGAGGGCGACCGCAGCGCUAAGCCCAAAUCCUAACAUCUGGUGGGGACAGGAAACGGAAACACUACUCAUUCAUCUGACUACAUCAGAGACUCCAUGUUGUACAGAAAGUAUUUCAUGCAAUAUUUUAUGAACCAUGUUGCACUUCAUGGACCUUUGCUUCAAGAAUGUUUUAUCAAUACGGUCUAUGCCGCCGUUUUUUUCAAAAACGAAUAAAAAAUGAUCGCUGUUUCAUUUGAAACACUUUCUAAAAGUACAACUUUUGGGCGGGAAUUUUGCCAAUCAUAACAAUCCUUAUGUGAGACUUGAACACACUUUCUCUCCUGUGCGGUAUAAAAAUAUAAUAUAUAUAUAAUAUAUAAGUCAGCUGAGAAUGCACGUAAUGGCACGAACAUCCGAACACAAAGUGACAAGCUAAUAUCGCAAUAGCUACUAUCGCAGUCCGAUACUUGUCAAAAUAUGCAAGCUAGGGACCAGAUACAUUCGACAUCUAUUCACUCUUUUCAUUCUAAAUGCUUUAAAAAUAAAACGUAGCUAGCAGUAAAUGUCAAAUAAAGUGAUA